CUCAUGUGUGCUUCCUGCAAUUUGCAAUUUAUUUAAAUCGCACAUCUGGCUGGUACACGCAUGUCUCUUGUAUACAUCCAAGCGGAGAGACAAUCAUAGAGGAGGAAAGUGUUCAUUACAACUCCAUCUCUCGCCGGCAGCUGUCCGGAACCAAAACUAGUAUCGGGUUUCAUCUCGGAUUCCUUUUUUCAAGAAUUCACAGCUUCUGUAUUGCGAUCCGAUUCAGUGGAAAUGGAUUUCUUCAGUUCAAGCAAGAGGAAGAAGGAAGGAAAGAGAUCAGGGUUGAUGGGGAAGACGAGCAAGAGCACGCCGCCGAGCCCUGCCCAUGGCGAGGCGGAGGAGGGAUUGGCCGGAAGAAGGUCUCCUCCUCCCUACUAUUACUCCAACAUCAAAAGGGCCGAAUCGGAGUACGCUUUUCCGACGUUGGACGAGACCGACCCUUACUACCGGAAGCCUCCUGCCUCCGAGCGCAUCCCAAACUCCCAUCCUCGUCCUCCUCUCCACCGUUACUACCACACGCCUGAACCCCGUAGAAGAGAGCAUGGUAAGGAAACCAUGGAGGUGGUGGGGUACGAGCCAGAUGCCAAUAUAACACCGCGAAACAGUGCUCCUCCGAGUCCAGUCCAUCCUUCUGGAAGCCGCUCUCCCCCUCCUUUCUAUCCUUCCAGCGACGAAGACGACGACGACGACCAGUCCACUUACCUCUAUCCUGAGAUCGUCACCGGACACCACUCAAAGCCUGUCUCUGCAAGUAGCACGCCGGUUCAUCACAAGUUCCAGAUCUCUGCCGAAACCUACGACCAAGACAAGCUGUUCGAGCCGCCUGAGCUGCCUGACGACUCCCAGAGCUUCACUCUCCACGAAAUCGCCAAGAUGCGCGGUCUCAAGAACUACGAUCUCCAGACCGCCACCUCCGCCGCCAAGGAGGACAUCCAGUCCGUGAUCUCGGAGUCCUACGUCUCGGUGGCCAAUUACAGAGUGAGAGCGAGCGUGUCCGCCACGCUCCAGUCGAUCCUCGAAAGGUACGGGGACAUCGCCUCCGCUUCCAAGCUCCAAUCGAUCUCGACGAGGUCGUACUACCUGGAAUCGCUGGCAGCGGCGGUGCUGGAGCUGAAGACGACGUCGUUGAGGGAGCUGACGAAGACGCGGGUGUCGGAGAUAGCAGCGGUGGUGAAGGACAUGGAGGCGGUGAAGAUCGACGUGUCGUGGCUGAAGACGACGGUGGAGGAGCUGAAGGAGGCGGUGGAGUACGCGGGACAGCACGAGGCGGUGAAGGCGGAGAAGGAGGAGUGCGAGAGAGAGCUGAAGGAGGGGAGGAUGGAGAUGGAGGAGCUGACGGGGGAGCUGAGGCGGAGGGAGAAGGAAAUAAAGGAGUGCCGGGAGAAGGUGACGGCGACGGCGGCGAGGGUGGGGAAGCUGGAGAUGAAGGGUUCGAGGCUGAACAUGAACAUGGACGUGUUCAAGUCCAAGGUCGACAAGUUCGACGGUGAAGCCGUUCUGGUCGUCGACGUCGCCUAGCCCCACCGGAUGCUCUUCUGCGUGUCGUUUGAUUCAAAUUUUAAUGUGAUUUGUUUGGAUGUGUCUGCGUAUAAGUGGCAAAAAGACCAAACCCCAAUGUGGUUCAGUUAUCACUGAAAGUUUUUCUACUUUUGGAUUUUGCAAAUAUCAAAUCGCUCCACAUUAUACCCUAA